AGAUAAAAAGAAAAACAGACAAUUUAAAAUGGGACUAAUAGAGUAGUACUUGAGCAUGAAAGUGAACAGCACCCAUUUUCAGUUUUAAUUCCGGUCGAUUCUCUUCAGAACAGCCGGCCGGUUCAUGUUCCCCUCUCCUCUCCGUCUUCGAUUCUCUGUUUCCCACUCUCAGAUUCUCACUCGCCGGCGUCAUUCUCGCUAAAGCUUCAGCACCCGAAGCAGUGUUCCGGGUCGUAUAGCAUUGAGGUUGAUUGGGCUAGGUUUCAGUGAAAGAUGCAGUUCUUUGGAGGAUCAGAGAUCAGCCCGUCGCCACCUCCACCAACUGCACCAGGGAACAAUGCACAUAUGUUGUAUGUGUUCAAUCGAAAUGGAGUUUGCCUACUUUAUAGGGAAUGGAAUCGUCCCCUAAAGACUCUCAGUGCUCAACAGGAUCAUAAGCUGAUGUUUGGUCUCCUAUUCUCCCUCAAAUCCUUAACAGCCAAGAUGGAUCCCACCAGUUUGGAUAAAGGAAACCUUGGAGUGCCACAGUUACCCGGACAAGGUUGUUCUUUCCACAGUUUUCGUACAAAUACAUACAAGCUUAGUUUCAUGGAGAGUCCAUCUGGAAUAAAGAUCAUCCUCGUGACACAUCCAAGGACGGGUGAUUUAAGGGACUCGUUGAAGUACAUUUACAACUUGUAUGUUGAGUAUGUUGUCAAGAAUCCACUUUAUUCGCCUGGAACGCCUAUUAAAUCCGAGCUAUUUAACAGUGCUCUCGACCAGUAUAUCCGAGGGAUCGGAUGACGCACCAAGGUGCCAGCCGACCUUUGUCUGUCUUUUAAUGUUUAUCGCUUUAAGUGAUUGUAAAGAAAACAAAAAAAGAUUACCCCAAAUGCUAAAUGUGUCGUACUCGUUUGACAAUUUUUUUAAGACGAUUUGAACACUGAUUUCAGCAGGAUGUUGUCCAAAUGAGAUGUCUAAAUUAAGACCCGAGCUCUGAGGAUCGACUAAAUAUCAUUGAUCAUGCCGGGUUCGUACUCGCUGUGGUUGAUUCAAAGCUCAUACCUUUUUUUUUUGUUUUUGGUUUUUUUGUAAUACUCCCAUCACAUAUUCACAUGUUAAACUAUGAUACAGUCCCAUCUUUUCUCUAGUGACAUUGCUUAUGAUGUUCACUUGUGGAAUAUGGAGUAAUCUCUAUUUACACAGCAUCAUUCAUUUAUAAGCUGUAUUUGUGACCUUUUCUUUUGGCAUGGAUAUACCGGAAAGCCGAAAAAAUAGAAGUAGCGUUGAGGAAGGAAGGAAGAGGGGAGAUGGCGAGUCAGUUGGAAAACCCUAAAAAUCCCCCCAAGCUAAACCCCAACUGGGCUGAGCUAUGUCAAAAGCUCAAAAUCAAUGGCUCCAGGAAGCCCACCUUAAAUUCUUCCCGGGAAUCGAAACCAGAUGCCCAGAAUAUCGUAUUGGGGAAGCGAAAAGAUAGGCCUCAUGAACAAGCUGGUGAUUCUCAGCCCAACCCUUUGGAGCCUACAUCCUCUGAUUUCAGUGUUACAGAUGUGAUCGCAAUGGAUUGCGAAAUGGUUGGUGUAAGCUCUCUCGGUAACAAGAGUGCACUUGGUCGAGUUACAUUGGUAAACAAAUGUGGAAAUGUUAUAUAUGAUGAAUAUGUCCGCCCAAUGGAAUAUGUUGUUGACUUCCGCACCAAAAUUAGUGGAAUCAGACCGCAGCCCUUGAAGAAAGCAAAGAAUUUCAACGCUGUGCAGACAAAAGUUGCAGAGCUUAUUAAAGGAAGAGUUCUUGUUGGCCAUGCUUUGCACAAUGAUCUCAAAGCAUUGCUAUUAAGUCACCCGAAGAAUGAUAUCCGUGAUACAUCUGAGUACCAACCUUUCCUAAAAGAUGGGCGCAGUCGUGCACUUAAGAGUCUUGCAGCCGAAAUUCUCGGAGCCGGUAUCCAACAGGGGGAGCACUGCCCGGUGGAAGAUGCCCGUGCUGCAAUGUUCCUUUACUUGAAACACAGCAAGCGGUGGGAAAAGCAUGUAAAAGAUUUCACAAGGAUGAAGAAGAAACAGGGAACCCGAAAACCGAAGAAGAAGAAGAAGAAGCAGAGAGGUGUAGGAGAAGAUCAACCAGCACCAGAAUGAUGCCCAGGCGUUGGGUACUGCCAUCUUUUUCUCUUUCUGCAUGAAUCUGUUCUUCAACACAGAAGAAUCCUUAUUACCGAGUCUGAAGAUUUGCGUUGUUAGUCCUUGUUGAAGCCUGAAGAGGGAAAGCAAUUCAAUGCCAUUUUGCUUUAUCUGCAAGCUUUCAAGGUUUUGGACUUUCAGUGGCAUCUUUUUUCUAUUUUUACUGGCUUUGGAGCUCUUUUAGCUCUAGUUCAUAAGCUCUAAAUGCCUAAUUGUGAUUAGGUCUUUAGUUUGGAUUUUAAAAAACUUGUACGAGUAAAAGUUUACCAAAAUUUUUAAGGAAAAAUUACUUCAUUACUUUCAGAGCACGAUUUUACAUAUAUACUCUAAUAUCUAAUAAAUGACAUUGAUGCUC